GCGUCGUCGGUGCAUGGGCCAUCGCCGCCAGAGGCGGCCGCUCUCCGCGGCGACGCCGAGCUUCUCAUCAUCAUGCAGCAGUGGUCCUCGUAUUGGGAAUCCGACCUUCGUUUGGCCAUCGCCGGCGAGUGCAAGCAGCUGGGCGUCGAGCGCGCCCGGGAGCUCGCAGACCUCGCGGCGAACUUGAAGGGCAUCUUCGAGAAGUUGGCGGACUUGAGCCCCGUGGUCGGCGACCCCGCGGACUGCGUGGAGCUCUUCGCUGGCGUGUCCCGCGUGAUCACUGGCGCGCUGACCCCAGCCUUGCAGGCGCACUUCGCGUCCGCAGUCGAGAAGCCCCUCGCAGAGGCGAUCGCUUUCUACGCGGCGGUGGACAAGAUGUUUGCGGACAUGAAGCGCAAGGGCAUGAAGUUGGACGAUGAUUCGUUCGAGUUGGCAAAGCACGUCGCCGCGUUCGAGAACAAGGAGGACUGCUUCAAUGCGAUCGAGAGUGUCGCAGUGGAUGCCAUUUCCAAGGAGCGUGUCCUGUUGCUGCGCAAGCUCACGUCGGUCGGCUUCAACGUCUCGCGGGCCAUAUCUCUCAUCGGAGAUGAUGGCGCGAUUCCGCUUGGAGGCGAAGGCUUGGCCAUGUCUGCGGGUCGCCUGGUCACCAGCCUGGAGGCCUACCGCACUUGGACAACUCAUUUCACUGGGUCUCUGGGCGCGCUGGCGACUGGAGAACUCAUCGCCGAGAUGGCCCUACGUGCGAAGGACCACGUCGGCGCGGCGGAGGAGUUCGUGGCGUUCUUCACGAAGGGGUACACCAGGCAGCUGAAGAACUUGACCGAACAUGCCGAGGACGCCGCGCCCGCCGACGCUCUCCUCGAGGACCGGAGGUUGCUUGUCGACAAGGGCCUGCAGAAGGCGCUGAAGGCUGCCGUGAAGAAGCUCUCGGACACCAAGAUGUUGGCGAAGGUCGCGGAGGCGAUCGACCAGAUCAAGUCCAUGGAUGACAACGGGAUGCAGGUGAAGCCGUCGGUGAAGGCGUCGCUGGCCCAGGCGAGGCGCAAGGCCAAGCUGGCGGUCGGCGUUGCCUGGGCCGUGGAGGCCAUCAGCGGCUUCGCGCCGAAGGAGCCAGGCGAUAUGGCACAGCAUGCGGAGUUGGUCAGGAAGAAGCUCGCUGAGAAGAGCUUCGCGUGCCACGACGACUCGAGCAAGGCGGCGAAGAAG